AUGUCUGCCCGUCGUCCCCAUGGCCAGUCCUACGCGGACGUUGCCAAAGCUCCAGCUCAGGACAACUCUGAUGUGACCCCCGCUGUCCCUGCUGAUGUUAUCUACAAGCUCCUUGGCUUUACAGCAGCCAUGGUUGCUGCUCCCAUUGGAAUGUAUUUCUUGACAGUCAACAGCAUUUUCAGCGGCAGCUCCACACUUGCUGGAAUCACUGCUGCCGUGACUGCCAACGUGGUUCUGUUCGCAUACAUCUAUGUGGCCUGGAAAGAAGAUCAAGAGGACCGACAGACGGCCAAGCCCAAGUCAGAUUCAAAGAAAGCCCAGUAA